AUGUUCACAGCAUCCAUCUUCGCGUUGGCGAUUAUUCUCGCUCGUGGCAUCGCAGCCAGCCCUCGCAUUACAAUACCCAUCAAUAGGCAAGUCAGAAGUGGAACUGGAAGAAAUGUCGACCGCGCUCGUAUCGAGCAGUUAUCAAACGCAUAUGCCCGCGGCGAGCGUCUGUCCCCGAUAUCCCCAGUAUCAUUCUCGAGCGACGCAGUGGGUUACACAACCGAGGUUGGUGUAGGCACUCCGCCAACUCAGUACACCAUGCUAGUUGACACCGGCUCUUCGAACUUCUGGGUUGGGAAUAACAAGAGUUACGUGCCAACCACGAGCAGUGUGGCGACCAAUGAUUCGAUCUACCUGUCCUAUGGUACAGGAGACGUUUAUGGAUUCGAAUACGUUGACGACAUCACACUUCCCUCGUCUGUCGUGGUCACAAACCAGUCAAUUGGCGUCAGCAACAAAACUGGCGACUUUGAACUCGUGGGCGUCGAUGGCGUCCUUGGUUUGGCUCAGGUAGCGUCGACGGCAGGGACUUUCCCGAGCAAGCCGGACGAAGUCGUCCCCACUUUCACAAACAAUAUGCUUGCGCAAGGACUCAUCGACGUUGAGUCAGUCGGGAUUGCUCUUCCCCUCGUGGCUUCCCCCAUCGGUACCUCCCAGUUCAUUGGAAACCUCACAUAUACCGCCUCGUCAGAAGGCUCCUGGUACAUCUCACAGAACAUUUCUUACGACGGCACUACAUUCCUCUCCGGUAGCGGUAUCGUUGACACGGGGACUAUCCUCGUUUACUUGGCUGCUGGCGAGUUUGAGGCAUACAUGGCCGCUACCGGUGGAACCUACGAGUCAACGCACAAUUUGGUAUCGUUCACUCCAGAACAAGCUGCUGCAUUGAAGCCGAUCGACUUCAUCAUCAGCGGCGAAACGUUCACGCUGAAUGCGGACGCACAGGUCUGGCCUCCAGCAUACAAUUCUCUCAUCAAUGGAGAUGAGGGAACAAUCUACUCAAUCUUCAGCACCUAUGGCAAUACCUUCUCUUUCCAGUUCAUUCUGGGCUUCACUUUCCUCGAGCGCUUCUAUUCAGUGUAUGAUACGACCAACUCCCGUAUCGGGUUCGCCUAUACUUCGUACACGAAUUCGACCGUCAACAACGUAUAG